UACGGGUCCGGAGUUAUAAAAAGAAACUCAAAAUGGCGGCUGUUACGGUAAAGAGUACUCCUAGAGAUGCUCAAGUUAUGUCCGCAAUUCUUAAGGACAUGGGUGUAUUGGAAUAUGAACCAAAGCUUGUGAAUCAAAUGCUAGAAUUCACCUUCCGUUAUAUCACAGACAUUCUUGAUGAUGCCAAGGUCUAUGCAUCACAUGCCAACAAGAAGAACAUUGAUGCUGAUGAUGUGAAACUUGCUGUGCAGAGUCGUACAGAUCAUUCUUUCACAAAUCCUCCACCUCGAGAUCUUCUUUUAGACAUAUGUCGACAAAAGAACAGUCAGCCUCUUUCUGCCAUUAAGCCCUACAGCAGCCCUCGCCUGCCUCCUGACCGUUAUUGCCUCACUGCACCAAACUACAGACUCAAGACAGCUAAGAAGCCACGCAUCCAGUUUGGUUUGCAACCGCCUCAGCGAAUUAGUCUUGCAGCACCUGGAAAAACUAUGGUGAAAAGUGUAGGAGCUGCCAGCAAUACUGGACUUUCAAUGAUGUCAAAACCUGGGGUGGUCACACCAGGUCAGUCUGUGACCAUUAUUAGCAAGCCAGUGACUGCAACUCCCAAACCAACCAUCCGCAUCAAUGCAUGCCCAGCUGGUAUUGGGGCCUCAGGCUUAGCUCAUAUGGUAUCCCAGACUGCUGGUUCCACGUCAGUAUUGUCAGCAUCAUCCUUACCAUCAACCCUGAUUUCUGCUUCCACUCCAGCUAUGUCAACACCAGCAUCAAUGCCUUUGGAAAGCUCUACAACUAGCAUUAAUCCACUGAAACGCAAAGCAGAAGAUGAUGACUAUGACGUAUGAUGUGAUUAAUCAUAGGCAGUAUCUGAAGUGUGUGGACAAGCUGUUUGAAAGGUAUUUGGUAAAAGUAAAGCAUCUGACUACUCGUAAGUAUACUUGUUUGAUCGCGAGGCAUAAUUGAGGCUGUUGUUUUGGUAAUGUUAUGUGCAUUUGCUUAAAGUAAUUUGUAUUUUCUCAAAAUAAAGCUGAUUAUAAAUCUG